AGACCAUAUCGAAAAACUCCCUUUAAGCAUUUCGAGGAGAGGACCGAGUUGACCUUUGCGACCUGUUGACCCCAAUCACCACCCAUCCAACGAAACAACAUCGGAUUCCGAGGACCCGUCACGAUGUUGAUGCCAAAGGCUGACCGCAAGGCGAUCCACGAGUACCUCUUCCGUGAGGGUGUGCUCGUGGCUGCCAAGGACUACAACCUCGCUGAGCACCCCGAUAUUCCCAACGUCAAGAACCUCUUCGUCAUCAAGGCUUGCCAGUCCCUCAACUCCCGUGGCCUGAUCAAGACCCGUUUCUCGUGGCAGUACUACUACUACACCCUCACCCCUGAGGGUCUCGACUACCUCCGCGAGUGGCUGCACCUGCCGGCCGAGAUCGUUCCUGCUACCCACAUCAAGCAGCAGCGGUCACAUGCGCCCCCGCGCGGCAUGAUGGGCGGCGAGGGUGAGCGUGAGCGGAGGCCUUUCGGCCGUGGCCGUGGUGGUGACCGUGGCGACCGCGGUGACCGUGAGGGUGGCUACCGCCGCCGUGAUGCCGGAGAGGGCAAGGAGGGUGGUGCGCCUGGCGAGUUCCAGCCUCAAUUCCGUGGUGGAUUUGGCCGUGGCCGUGGCGGUGCUCCCCCUUCAUAAACGAUGACUAUCAACACCCACUUUACCGCACCAAUGGAGAUCCUGGGUUUCCUCAGUUAAUGACGGUACGAAAAGUACUUGGUCUAUGGGGUUUCGGGUUGUGGACGACGCUCACGAGAAAUUAAAAGGGAUGGGAUGCGUCCAAAAAACUACUUUGUGAUGGGUUUGUUCGGGGAGUUUGGGCUGUAGAGGAGCUUUUACAAUCCUCGGAAAAUCAUUUGCAUUACAUGGUCCGUAUCUGCGGUUGUUUACCAAAGGUUAUCUGCUUGAAUGAUGCCUCUGAUAACUGGCACAAGUUCUUAUGUUUAAGGGCUCCUCGUAUUUGACAUGAGUGGUGUGGGCUGGGUCACUGUUGAUUGCUUUGAAGAGACGCUGAUUGCCGAUCAAUACCGUGGCUAUUAUGAGGGCCAGGAAGAAGCUUUGACGGGGAUUUGAUUGGAUUGAUAUCCUUUGGGUAUCUUUGCCUUCACCUCCUCAAUAUCAGACCACUGGCGGUGGUGACAGCAAGUCAAGGCCACUCCUACACUGGACCCCUGAAUAGUCUCGGAGCAGUGAUGAUAUGCCGGUUCCAUUCAGAAUUAUUCAAUGAUCUAUCAUCCAGG